UGAGUGGCACCUCCAAAGACCAAUCAGAUUGCCGGUAGCUAAAGUUCUUUAAAAGGUCUGCUAAUCGGUAUGCGGUGAGGGAGGGGGAGUGACACUGGGCGUUAGCGCGAUGUUAGGUUGACAUCUGGUUACCAACAGAAGGUUACGAGUUAAAAAAUUGGAUUAUUCGAUCAUCUGACUAGCCUCACGUAAAGGCGAGAGAUACUGGACGGUGUGAGGGGUAAACGAAACGGAUUUCUUAUCAAACCGAGGCCACUCACUCACCUUGACGGCUCCGUGUUUUAGAGGGAGACACCUUCUCGCGCAUAGGUCGUUGAACUCGCGAUGCUCGAUAGAUAGCUGCAGCAUGUUGCUGCCGAGUUAAAGAAAUCCCAAGUUACAGCUAGAGGGUAGCCGUCUCUCGACAGUGGGCUACAUCCCCACGCUAUUGGAAUUGUUUGCGGGAAAUUGGAUAGUCUGCACGCUGGCCCUAGUCCUCCUCUGUCGAUGGUUUGGUUUACGCUUCUGUAACUGUGUCAGAUCGUUGUAAACCCUUUCGCUUGAACCAGUAUCUGGCAAAAUUACGGGACUUAUUUACAUUGAGCAUUGGCGCGGUACCCAAGGCUACUUCACUUCGGGGGGAAAAUGGACCUUAUAAUGCGCAGAAUUAUUGCAUGAUCGCCUUCGCAACAGCAUUUUGCCACGGAUUAAGUGCAUUUCGAAAUUGAUUGUACGUCAAACUUUUGCUUUUUGCCAAAAUCAAUGCAGUAGCCUAACACACCGGAUCCUACUGAAUGUUUCUGGUGGACUCCCUUGAAGAAGACAGCAUCAGACUUUUGUCUGUGCUGCACGUGCAGUGUUAUUGUUGGAUUUAGCUCAGAUUUGUUUUUCUCGUUUAUCACAAAGGAAAUGUAGGAAUAGCCUACUCCUACAUAGAAGAAAUGUAAUCAGUUCUGUGAGAUGACGGGUGUAGGCUAUAUUCUGAGUAGUGUAUUGUGUGAAGGCUUAAAUGGCAAUAUUGUAAUAGCCUAACCCAUGUACACUUGACUAUAAUUUGUUUGGAUUGAAGCUUACUCCUGGUAGGCUAUUGCCAUAUCUGAGUCUAAAUGUUUGAAAAACAGAAUAAUUGAGUCUUGCAGUGUUUUUUUUCCUGCAUUUUAGUUUAACCAUAGCCCUGGUGUAAAUGGAUGCUAUGCGAUAGGUCAUAUUAAAUUUUUAAAGUUUCAUGGUUAAAGUUUCAUGGAGUGAUGCUCGUGGUCUCUAAAGGGGCUAUUUAUGACCCCGCCAUCUCAAUGGGGAGUCAAGUGGAUCACCAACUUCCUUGGAUGGUGGAAAGUUUGUAGCGAGCAGUUUUUCAAGCAUCCUUUCAAUCCGAAGGUAGGAAGGUGCCUACAGAUAGGUUUCUCCCCUCCUCGUACGGAGUAAACAGGCACUGACAAGAGGAAGCACAUUAAAAAAAGGAACCGGGCAAAAAUGGCUGGCGAUUGUACCUAUAAUACGCACUAUGCUAAUGAUGACACUUUUGGCACCAUCAAACAGUCAGCGGAUGGACAACAAGAGCUCGUGAGAGAUGUCAAUGGCGUCCGCACUGCACAGGGCAGCGUCAGUUCGCCGCCGUCACCGUACUUCGAAGAGAUCGGCGGUUCUCUGUACCGCAAAAAGUUGGAGAGGGGUUUUGUUCAGUACCGAGAGGUACUGGCCGAAGAGAAGCGACUGAACGCCAUCGCUACUUUCCAUCAGAAGCGACCGGGGAGGAGACACCACACCCUUGAGGACACAUACAGAUUCGUGGCAGAGCACUACUGGUGGGAAGGAAUGUACCUUCAGGUGAGGGAGUAUGUCCUUGGGUGUGAGGAGUGCAAACUCAGGAAGGCCGACAGACAAGAGGGCCGCUGUGUGUCCAGGAUGGUGAUGUCACACAGCCAGGAAGUGCUGAGCAAGCUGAAGGCGCAACAGGAGGCAGGACUCUUCUGUGACAUCACGCUGAAGACGGGCGGUGGCCACGCGUUCUCUGCCCACAAAGCUGUUCUGGCUGCCGUCAGCGAAUACUUCCAGGAAGUUUUUACUGAAAUGGACUCUGCUGCUGUUCCACAAUCAUACAUUGAUCUUACAGGAUUCAGUGAGGAGAGCUUCAUGCCCUUGCUGGAGUUUUCCUACACCUCCACGCUGACUCUGAAGCUUGAGAACCUGCCUGAGGUGUCCACCAUGGCCAGACACCUCCGCAUGUGGCCAGCUCUGGAGGCCUGCAAAGCCAUCCAGAGGGAGAAUGGAUCCCCAGGGGCAGUGCACCGCGCUGGGCUUCCUCUUUCUCUGGCCCCUGGGUGUCCUCCUCUGGAGCUGCCUAACAGCCGACGGACCUUCCCUUCAUUUGCACAACGAGCGGAUGCGUUUCAGUGGAAGAGAAAGAGGGAGCUGAGCAGCGAGGAGAAUGAUGGUGACGACCACCACCACCACCACCACCACCAUCAUCAUGCAGGACCAUUGCGGAACUGUGCUGCUCAGUGCAGGGAACACAAUGCCGACGGCAACUUUAAGCUCACCCUGGAUGAUUCCGACGAGUCCGAAGGGGAGUGCUCCAGGUGGCCAGGCCUGUCCCAGCCUCAGCACAGACUUCAGUCCAGCCACCCUCAGCCCGAGGAGAACGGCUUCCCCUGCAGUCCCACCCGCAGGCUGAAGCUGAUGGACUUCAAAUCUCCGUCCAGCAAGAGGAAACUGUCCACGUGCAGCCUCUCCCCCACGCCUGGUUCCGCUUCCUCUUCAUUUGCAGCCAAACGCACUUCUCCUCCUCAGCCCAGGGCCGUGCGCGGACAGCCUGCCCGCCUUCUCCGCUCUACCCCAGGGGCUGCACUUGCACUGCGAAGGCUCCUGCCCAAGCUGGACAUCUCCUUCAAAGGCAAAAGGAGACGCUUGGGCUCCUCCUUUUGCUCCAGCUCCACUGCCACUGCUUCCUCCAAGGGUUUGAGUCACAGGCACAGCAGUCCUCCUGAGAUUCAGGCGGCUGAGGUAGAUCAGAGCCAAGUGACCGGGCUGGUCACCCCAACAAAGGUGAAGCAAGAACCGGUGGAGGAAGAGGUCCAGGGUGCCCGCGUGCAGGAAGAGGUGCUGAGCCCGCGGACUCAAGAGAAGUACCGUCUCCUCAGCGUCCUGGGCCUGCAGAGGAAAUCCCUGCUGCCCGGUCCAGAUGCCCUCACUGGCUGGAAGCAGAAGAACCGCCUGAGGAAACCUAAGGUCAACAAUUACUCGCUCACUGCCCGGCGGAAACCGAAAGCCCAAGGCAGCGAUUUGGCACCAGGGGCGAUGGCGGGUGGCAUUGGGUCCAGCAUCGGCGUCCUAGCCGAGAUCAACCCAACGUUCUCGCUCUGCGACAUGACCAGGGUGGAGCUUCUGCGGAGGGUGAUCAAGGCCGAACCCCCAGAGCUCAUCAGGCCUGAGAACAUGAAGCUGAAGAAGAAGGUGGCCGUCCACGACAACAAGCCCCUGUUGUCCACUGUGAAGAACACCCGCAGCAAGGUGACACUCCCACCGCUUCUGCCCACUCCCUGCAAGCGUCCGGAGGACCGCGUGCCACAGGAGUACAGGCGUUCGAGAGAGAUGCCGCGUGCCCAGGCCAAGUCGGCCAAAUGGCCACCUGGAGCCCCAAAGAAGCCCGCUGUCAAGGUCAAACAGGAGCCUGUGGACUGCCCAGUCUUUGCUCACACAGUCCACGUCCCGCAUCGCAAUUCCAGCCACGUGAGGCAACGAGUGUCUCUCACACCUCCCCCCAGAGCCAAAAAGUCUGCCCUGAGUGACGGUGUUGUGCACACGCGGUCGUCAGGCAUGACUGGACGCACGCAGAGGUAUAACAGCAGGUGUCUAGCAGUGCAACAGAGCCGGCAGAAGUGUAGCACCGGCCCCUCGGACAAGUCUGGUUUGCAGAGGGGUAAGGUGAAACGACGGCUGAGGGAGAUGGGAAAGGGAGAGGAGAGCCAAGAAUGGGGCCAACACCACAGUCUCCACCAGCACCCUCAAUACAAAGCCAUCAAGGAAGAGCCAGCGGACCCCCUUCCGCUGUCAGUCCCGCUACCCGAUCAGGAGACGCCGGAGCUGGGCAAGCGGCAGAGCAAGCUGCCAGUGAAGCUGCUGGAUCCCGGCUUCCUGAUCAGCUUCUGCAGGCCAGCGGCCGGCAUCAAGAGGGAGGAGGAGAGCGUGGACAUCUGCCUGACCCGCUCCGUUGCCCACGGCACCGUGCCCCCCGGCAGCCCGGCCCACGGGAGCGUCCUGAGCGCCGGGCGGCUCCGCAGGAGGGACGUGGCCGACAGGAGAGGAGUGGAGAUGAGGCCGAGGCUGCGGCGGGAAAGGCAGGCGACGCAAGCGGUGGCGGUGUUUCAGCGCAACACCAAAGCGCUCCGGCGCAAGGUCAAGAAGGAGCCGGCGGAGAGGAGCGCGAGUCAGAGGGUCACCCAAGGUCACUCUCGCCCACCUGCAACCAAGAAGAGGUCAGACACGAAGAGAGAACCCACAAAGAAUCUGGCCAAGCUUCUGCCGCUGCACAGCCGGCGUUCCAUCCUGCUGGAGUCCAUCCGGCGGGCGCGACUCAAGCAGCUGCGCGGUCCUAGUGCCCAGGCCCCACGCGGGUCCCACGCCUGCCAGCAGUGCCGCGCCUCCUACAGAGACUGCGAUGCGCUCAUCAUGCACCGUAUCCGCCACAUCGAGGGCAAGCACUGGCCCUGUCCGCUGUGCAGCAAGACCUUCUUCAGCCAAAAGAAUGUCAAGAAUCAUAUCCGGAAUCAUGACCCCAAGUUGUACAGAUGUCGUCAGUGUAUGGUGGCCAUGUCCUAAGGAGGGACAUCAGCAGUAACAUGAAUCCUGAUGAAGAUAUCUUGCACGUAUCUGGAGAGCAGGAGCAGAGGGUUUCUAGUUCUAACUUUGAAAGAGCAAGCGGCUCUUACUACUUAAUAUUGUGAAGGUGGAAGGAGUGAGAGUGCUCUAUUUUGCUUUAAAUACGAUGGCUGUGAAGACAAAGAAUUGGUCACGUAUGAGAAUAUGCUGAAAUGAUAGAUGUAAUUAUUGCUAUUAUUACUGUAAUGAUUAAUAUUAAUAUUGUGGCUCCAUCCAUCCUUAUUAUUGUUAUUUAAAUGACCAAAAUGAUGUUGUAUUUUUAUGGCUACAGGGGUGUAACCUGAAACCAGUGGUAAUGCACUCAGGGUGGGGUGGAUUCUGGUUGUUAUGGUUACAUAUGUAUAUUGUGAAAUGUUCAGAAGGUUUGAAAUAAUGAUAACUACUAUUGUAAUUAGGGUCUACCGUUCUUAAUGUUAUUAUGCUGAUUUUUUAAAAUAUAAAUAUAGUUAUUUUGAGUGCACUUAAACUGGUAGCUUUGUUUUAAACCUAAGAGGCCCUUGUUGGAUAAAGAUGUGGACUGGGAUAUACUUGAAAGGUGGACAGUGUUUGUUGUGUUUAAUAUGGACUGCUAUUGCUGUCAUUCUUGUUGGAUGGACAGACUUUAAUAGAUGCAGGGAGGGGGAAGGUGUCUCUUUAACAGGUGGAGAGUGUAAAGAUUGUUCCUAAGGUUUUAAUAAAGAUUAUUGCAAGCCAUGAGUGUAUAGAGAAAUAUUCUACUGAUGGUGGGUGGGCUUUUGCCCACUCGUUUAGGAGUUGUCGUGUAUCAGUUGAAUUGGUUGUUGACUGUAGCCCAAGAGCUUGGAACCCAGACCUUUAGAAUUGAUUGGAAACAGAAACGGAUGAUUUUAGGUGCAGUUGUCCUCCUUUGAAUGUCCCUAGUGAAUUGUGAAGGUUGUUAUUCCUGCUUGUGUUUUGGAUGAACUGGUCAGAGCUAAUAUCCAACGGCAGGCUCUUCAUAAUUAACCUUGUGUCUACUGCCUAUACUUUUGCAUAAGGGAAUACUGCCAUAUUGAUAAUGGUUGAUUUUUGACAAUGUAAUUGACACAAUAUACUACUUCUUUGUUCUUAUAAAUCUCAAAGGUUAUUUGCCACCUUUUUGUAUUUAAAAAAAAAAUCCCCUUACAUUUGCUUUGAUGAGCUUAUGGAGAGAAACAUGUAAAAUGUAUAGAAUGUUGUUUUUGUCUAACAGUCUAGCUGGGGUUCAGCAACUGCAACAAGACUGAAAUUGAAUAAAUUUCGCAUUUUCCACUUGGGAGUGUC